AUGGCUGUCCGAUCGAUGUUUGAUCCCAAGGAUAUGGUCUUCCGCCACCUGGGACCAACCGGUCUCAAGGUCAGCGUGUUCUCACUUGGAGGUUGGCUGACGUACGGCGGUACUCAGAAAGGCAAUAUCGUCAAGCAAUGCCUGCAGACGGCCUGGGAUCAUGGCAUCAACUUCUUCGACACUGCCGAGACCUACGCUAAUGGUGAGUCGGAAAUUGAAAUGGGAAAUGCUCUCAAGGAGUUGGACUGGCCUCGUGACGAGUAUGUUCUGUCCACCAAGAUCUUCUUUGGCACGGGCAGGAAGGAACCAAACACUCGCGGUUUAUCGCGGAAGCACGUGGUCGAGGGCCUCAAGUCGUCGCUCGAACGCUUGCAGCAGCCAUAUGUCGAUAUUGUCCUCGCUCACCGACCCGACUACGCCACUCCUAUGAAGGAGAUCGUUGAAGGCUUUACUCAGGUCAUUCGCAACCUCAACCUGGCCUAUUACUGGGGCACCUCCGAGUGGUCUGCGUCUCAGAUCCUCGAGGCCACUCAGAUCGCUGAACGCUACAACUUGAUUGCUCCUAUCGCCGAACAGCCCCAGUACAAUGCUUUCCACCGCGAACGCUUCGAGGUUGAAUAUGCCCCUCUCUACCAGCAGUUCCAGUAUGGCACUACAAUUUGGUCACCUCUCGCGUCUGGCCUCCUGACCGGCAAGUACAACGAUGGAAUUCCCGAAGGCUCUCGCUUCGCAAACCACAAGGAAUUUUUUGACAGCACAGUUGCCUCGCUACAGAAGCCUGAGGGCAAGGCCAAGAUUGAGAAGGUGAAGAAGCUCACCAAGAUUGCUGAGAGACUCGGAGGCAAUAUGACCCAGCUGGCUCUCGCAUGGGCUGCCAAGAACCCCAAUGUCAGCACUGUCAUUUUGGGUGCUACCAAGGUCGAGCAGAUUGAAGACAACUGCAAGGCCAUCAAGCUGCUCGAGAAGCUAGAUGACAAGACUAUGCAGGAGAUCGAAGAGAUUCUCGACAAUAAGCCAUCUCCUCCCAGCAAGUUCGGGCGCGAGAGGUAG